AUGAGGAACCUAAAGCUAUCAGAACACAAUGCUGUCCCCGGUGUUCCGGGGGACGGCAGGUGCAUAGUUACCGAGAAUACGCAGGGAAACUUGGCGGCAGCGUGCGGCCGAAAAUUAUGGAAGCUCGAAGGUGGCCAAUGGCUUGAAGUUAUGGACCUCUUCGACAUGGACGAGGAUGAGGUGGUUUCCUUCGAGGCAAUUUUCGGAAAAUUCUGCGCGGCUUCCAAGAUGGGACAAAUCGUGACCUGCCAAUUGGAAAAUGGCUCCGUUGAGAACGUCGGGGACAUUUUCGGCGGAAUUCAGUGCGCUAAAUGGUCUCCCGAUCUGGAACUUCUGGUAGUCGUAACUGGAAAGGGUCAGCUCUUACUGAUGCGAGAGAAUUUCGACACGGUUGUCGAGCAGGAGUUGGAGACUGAGGAACUCGGCGAGAAGAGUGCAAUAACCGUCGGCUGGGGCAAGAAAGAAACCCAAUUCCACGGAUCCGAGGGGAAAAAAGCGGCAAAAACGCUGGCUGUACAGCGCCAGGCUGUGGCGGAUUUCGAUGAUCGAAGCUCUUACGUUGUUUGGAGAACAGAUGGACAGCAUUUCGCCGACACCGUUCAUGAAAACAUGCGGAAAAUUCGCGUGUGGUCUCGGGAUGGAAUCCUGGGGUAUACGGCCGAGAACAUCCCGAGACUACACGGUGGGCUCGCCUGGUGGUGGGGCGACGAGAACCUCAUCGUAUCCACCGAUACCUCCGAGAAGGGUCAGAGGAGGGUAGUCUUCUAUGAAACCAACGGUCUCCGUCACGGCGAAUUCGAAUUACCGCGGAACUACGUGGUCAGAGAUAUAUCUCAGGGGACCAUGAAGGCCGUGAGGGUUCUGACUCUAUGGUGCAGCGAAGAGGACAGCGACGUCAUCUUGGUGUACACCAUGAACAACUAUCACUGGUACCCGAAGCAAACCCUCAAAUUCCAGCGGAGGGUACGAGGCAUUAUCUGGGACUCCCACGAGAACCUCAGAAUAUUGGCCGGCGAGAGACAUUACCACUACAAAUGGGUCUUCUCCGUCGAUCACGACGGUAGCGGCUCAGUGGCAAGUAUCGACGGGGAUCGUCUACUAGUGACCGACCUCUCGAAAUGCAUCAUCCCACCCCCAAUGGCUGGCUCGACUCUUGUCCUACCGCAACCCGUCAAUCAGGUCGCUCUCUCGGAACAUUUGACGGUAGCGCUGACCGCAGACGGUUCUAUCCAUUUUCUCGAUCGAGAUGGCGUACGCAAAGGUUUUCUCUUGCCGGAUCAGUUCCGCAACUCCUUAAUUCAUCUGACUUGUUUGAAUGAGACCAAAGUACUGGCCGUUCACAGCUCCGACGGUUCUCAUCGUCUGAUCACAAUCGACCUUGCGGGCGAAACUGUGGACAAAUAUGUCGAAUUGGCGGAAUCCCCUGAAUGUCUCUGCGUGUCCGAUGCGAGCAUUUGGGUGAAAUUCAAAAAGUCGAUUACACAGUUCUCGAAUGAACUCGAAACCUUGGGGGCUCAUCCCAGUUUCAUGGGAAAAAUCGAACAGCUGCUAUGUUGUGCAAGGAAGCAGAUUAAUGUCGGUUUCAACGCUUCGGAGCGAAUCGUUUAUCUCAAUGACCAAGAACUGUGCGCUUCCGCUUCAUCCGUUGUACUUCACGAUGACGCGUUCAUUCUGGUCACUACCCUGGACAACACCCUUCGGACUUACCCAUUGAUCUGCGAGCAAAACAAUUGUUGUGAUAGUCGACAGCUCGAAAUCGGUAGUCUCCUGGUCACUUCGGUGCCAACAGACGGCAGGGUCAUUCUCCAAAUGCCGCGAGGGAACCUGGAAACCAUUUAUCCUCGACCUCUCCUCCUGCGCGAUAUCCACGAGCAACUUUCUCGGGGGAAAUUCGCGGAGGCCUUCAGGCUGAUGAAAGUCAACCGCAUCAAUCUGAACCUGUUCUACGACGACGAUCCAGAUGCGUUCAACGGAAGGGUCGAAGACAUUGUGGAUCAGAUCUGCAAUAGCGCCGAUCUUAACCUACUCGUCAUGGAUCUCAAGGAAGAGGAUGUAACCAAAACAAUGUACAAAAGCUAUUACUCUUUGCUGCAGAGGCCGAAAAAUCUGGCGGUCAAGGACAUCGCUCAGAUAUGCGAUACGAUACGCGACGUGUGCCUGCGAAAAGACGCUCAAAAGCUCCACUUGAGCGUGAUCGCUUGUCAUGCGAAGAAAAACAAAGUCGAAGAUCUAGAGGAAGCUCUGCAGUGGAUCAGCAAGGACGAGGAGCGUUUCGACGAAGCGCUCAAGUAUCUUCUGCUGCUCGUCGAUGUAAAACAGCUCAUGGACGUGGCGUUGGGGCUAUACGACUUCAAAUUAUUCCUCAAAGUGGCCCAAUUCUCACAGGUGGAUCCGAAAGAGUACCUCGCGCUACUCAGAGAAAUGAAAUCGUAUGAAGAUGAGAACUAUCGGAAUUACAAAAUCGAUCUCCAUCUCAAACGCUACGAGAAGGCUCUGAAGAACAUCGCGAAGUGUCCCGAUCAUUUCGCCGAGUGUUUGGAACUUGUAAUCAAGGAGAGACUUCACAACAAAAGCCGGAGUUUAUUCCCUCGACACUCGCUCGAAUCGCAAGCUUUGGCGUCGGCUCACGCCGAAUAUUUGUUCGCGAAAAAAUACUGUAAGGAUGCCGCGAUCAUGUUCAUGCAGGCUCGAGAAUACCAGAGGGCUUCACAGUGCUUCGAGAGAGCCCUCUGCGUCGAGCUCUGCUUGGAGGCCUCUCGUUUGGCCCGCAAGCCAUUGGAGCCGAUCGUGAAGCGAAUCAUCGCGACGCUCGUGUCUCUCAAGAGAAACGGAGAAGCCGGUGCGCUGAUGAAACGAUUCAACUAUCCCGCGGAAGACGUGUGCUCCACAUUCAUCGAUGGCGGUUGCUGGGAGGAAGCUUUCUGUAAUCUACACCUCGUCCCCUCGGACCGGCAGGAUUACCAGCGGCAGUAUCUCGAGGACACCCUGCUCUCGCAAAUCAAGGUCUCAGAGGAGAGGGUUUGCUAUCUAUCGAUGAAACUCGAUAAUUUCGUUAAGCGACUAAGUGAAGUGCGGGAAACGAAAGUUUCUCGAGAAGCGGAUCGUAUAAACUUCUACGAUGACUCGGAUUUUCCCAUGUCGGAAGCCGGUAGCAUGAUCAGCGGGGCUUCCGGGCGAAGAUCCGCGGCGAGCUCGGCGAAGAGCGGGAGCAUAACGACGCUCCAGACGAACAAGCAAAUCAGGAAAGCAAAGAAACCUCGCUACACUCUGAAAGUUGGUUCUCCGUACGAAGACCUGGCAAUUGUUCAGGAGUGUAUCGAUAUCAUCGAACGAGUGAAACCUCUUCAUCAGGACAUUGUGCCCAUGCUCUACGCUUCCCAACUACUUCGCGUGGCUGAGGAUGCCGUCCGUCUGCAGAACGAAUUCUCAAAACUGCUCCACAGAAUCCGCGACUCCUACCUCAGCUCUAUAUGGCCUGAGAUACCCGAAGGAGAGCCGCAAGUCAUUUCAGAUGCCGCACUCAGAACCCGCCCAGACCUCUCUGGAAUUCCAACAACGUCAUCGCUCCUCGCGACGCUGUGGUAGGUUGGUUUUGGAUCGUACACCUUUCGUCGAGUAGCACUCAACCUCUCCUCUGUGACCAGU